AUGGCUGUUAAACCUUCCGCAAAUCUUGGCAAAGCCUUUCAACUGCCACAUCCGUUCAAUAGCUGCGUUUAUAUACAGAUUCCUCCUCAACCAACAUGGUCUAUAAAUGAAUAUUGGGAAAGAAACCCAAACAAGCAAUAUCUAGAUGAAAGUGACACAACAUAUUUAGAAGAGUUAACUCUGACUCCAAUUGAAAAACAUCAAGCAUUGGAGAAAUUAAAUACCAUUAUAUCCGCAGCAGAUCGCCUCCAAGAAGUUGAUACCAAGAAUGUCGAUCCUAUGUACACCUGUGUCGAUGAAAGAGAAAUGUACAUGAAUUCUGGUCAAGAUGGAGAAACUGUAAACAAAGAAGAAAUAUUAGGAAAUGCUCACAAAAUAUUUCAAGACUACUUUACCGCUCCUACAAGCGAGAAAAUGCGUAGCUCUAGCGAUUUAAACGCUAAAGAAUGA